AUGAAGGAAAUGUCCUGCUUCUGCAUGACUUUUUCUUCCUUGUUACAACAGAUGGUAAAGGCUUACAAAUACAUGACUGGUAUUUUUUCAGUGACUCAUACCUCAGAGCAACAGGCUUCAGAUUGUGAUAAGCGGCUGACCAAGAUGGAUGUAAGCCUACUUGAGGAGCAGUAUGACCAUAUAAAACAGAAGCAAAAACUGCAAUCACACAUUAUUGUAUUUAAAACAGAUGAACACGAACCUGUUCUCCCAGAAUCAAUGGUCAGUGCUGUUUUAAUUAAUAAAGCAGUUAGAAGAUCGAAGUCAUUUACAGAACGUGCUCCUGUCAGAAAGGUCAGCCUGGAGCCGAGCAGCAGUGCCAGUGUACAAGACAACUCACCAUGGCGUACUCACCUGGGAAUUCACCGCCUGGUGCAAGGUCCUUCCCAAGCAGUUACCUGGGAUCUUUCCCAGCGCAAGAACACACCAUACUGUUUUGACAAUCAGAGACUGAUUUCGAAGGGAAACAGCGCACUGCAACACAAGGAACUAGGAGGUUGUGAACUAUCUGCAUGCAGUCAGCUGGGAAGUUCGAGCACAUUGAAUGGUUUCAGCAAAGGGAAUGGCAGCAAAAUUUCAGGCACCUGCCAAAAGCCUCCUCUGAAAUCAGCCACUGCAGCAGUUUGGACUCAUCAACAUAUUUCUUCUACAAAGUGCACGCCAGCCUGCAACAAACUAAACUUCUACCCUUUCCCCAAUAAAAAAGGGCCAAGAAUUUCUGAAGCAGCAAGGAAGCUUGGAUUAUACAUCUCACAAUGAAGACAUUCAGUAACACAUAGUCAAAACCUUGACUGAAACUUAAAAUAGCAAAGUAGUCUUCCUAGUUA